CCGGGCUUCCGGAAGAGCAACUGGUGUAACUUUAAUGGGCAAGGAGGAAGAGACGUUUGUUUAGGUUUAGUCUCGGCAACACGUCUACUUUUCCCUUAGCCUGGAGUAGGGUUUCUCUUAUUUUUUUCAUCGUUAAAAAUGCCUUUGUUUUCCCAAAACCCCUUCGACCAAGAUGUCGAGAAGGCAACAAACGAAAACAACACCACAGACGACUGGGGGCUCAUUAUGGACAUUUGUGACAAAAUUGGAACGACGCCCAAUGGACCAAAGGACAGCUUGAGAUCCAUAAUGAAGAGAGUCAACCACAAAGUGCCCCAUGUUGCCAUGCAGACUCUCAAUCUGCUGGGUGCUUGCGUAUCAAACUGUGGCAAAAUAUUCCAUUUGGAAAUUUGCUCGAGGGAGUUUUCUGCUGAAGUUCGCAGCGUGUUGAACAAGGCCCACCCUAAGGUGUGUGAAAAGCUAAAGGCAAUGAUGGUGGAGUGGGCAGAAGGCUUCCAGAAGGAUCCCCAGCUCAGCCUGAUUGGUGCCACCAUCAAGAGCCUGAAAGAGGAAGGGGUCAGCUUCCCAGCAGCCACCUCACAGGGAUCCAGCACAAAGGUCAGCACACCCGCUGCGAGCAAAACACCAGACGACGAUGACCUGGCCAAGGCCAUUGAGUUAUCCUUACAGGAACAGAAGCAGCAAGCAGAAACGCGACCUCUGACCCUGACCACUGACCCACCAACCAACACUGACGGCGGCGGAGGGCAGGAGAUCCGAAAAGUGCGCGCGCUCUACGACUUCGAAGCAGCCGAAGACAACGAGCUCACCUUCAAAGCCGGAGAACUUAUUAUAGUUUUGGACGACAGUGAUCCAAAUUGGUGGAAAGGAGAAAACCACAGAGGAGUCGGGCUUUUCCCCUCAAAUUUUGUCACAACCAAUUUGAAUGCCGACCCAGAGCCAGUGGCUUACGUCGAGAAGUCGGCCACUCCGGAGGAGACGAGUCUGGAAAUCAAAGCCGAGCCCGAGCCGGUCUACAUCGACGAGGCGAAGAUGGACAGAACGCUGGCGCUCCUGCGGAACGUGGAUCCCGCAGAUGCGACUCCUGACUCCGCAGAGCUGAUCCAGCUGGAAGGUGCAUGCGAACAGAUGAACCCGCUGAUCGAUGAGAAGCUACAAGAGAUCGACAGGCAUCACUCGGAGCUGUCAGAACUCAAUCUGAAAGUGAUGGAGGCCUUGGAGCUUUACACCAAACUCAUGAACGAAGCCCCUUACUACGCCGCGUACUCCAAGAUGCAGACGCAGUACGGCCCACCUGGCUCUUCUGUGCCCAUGCAGGCUUACCUCGGACCAGCUGGUGCCCCGUACCUGCCUCCCGGCGGUCCCCAGGUUCCUCCUGCGCAGCCUUACUCUCUGCCCAACGACCAGCCUGGACCGCUGCAUUCAAUACCCCCCACCGUCACAGCGCCCCCUAACAGCCAGGCUGCUCAGCCUCCCUACAUGAGCAGCGGGAUGAACUCCCAGUACAUGACCCAAGCUCCCGGUGCUCCUUACCCGGGCCAGGGGGGCGUGGCUAUGGAUAUGUCAGCCUAUCACAACGCGGCUAACAUGCCUCCUGUGUCUUACCCUGUGGCUGCUCCUCCUCACCAUGCCGUUCCUCCUCCUCAACAGCAGCAGGCGGCAGCGUACUACCAGCAGCCUUUGCUGUAAACCUCUACAUCCACGCAGACCUUCAGCUACACUCUUCUAAUAUUCCAGUUUUUGUUCAAUCAGUUGAACUGUAUACGUUUGUGUUUGUUUUUCUCUGCUUUUCUUUGGCCUUACAAUGUUGUUGUUGAGGGAUCUGAAAUGUGUCUGGGCGAGCACCCGACACAUUUCAGGAGUCAGCUGCCGUCUGCGAGGCAGAACACAAAACACUGUUAUUUAUCUAACGUAUUGAUUAUCAGCAUUUCACUAUUCAUAGUUCAGCAGAAAUACUACUUCUGUACAGUGCUAUUUUCGACGCGAGCUUUGAUAAAUUCCCUCUGAAUGUAACGUUUGUCGCUGGAGACGGGGCGGUUAGACUUCAGACGAACGGGAGCGACGCUUAUAUUUUACCUUCACACAGCCUCGUUUUGGAGCUCACACAGGGAGAUCGGCGCAGCAGCUGCAGCCCUCUUCUCGGCAGUGCGCGGAUUAGGCUCUCGGCCUAAUAAAAGAACACGCACGGGCAGGAAUAAACCCAUCCUCACACUUCAGGCAACACGCAAACAGACCACAAGCCUUGGCAAGAGCAAAAUAUAUUGGCGAUUGGCAGGGGGUUAAGAGGGCGGCGGUGUACUUCUUCGCUCCCAACGUGCGAGCCGCAUGACGGCACGCUGCAGCCGGAACGCGUCUGGUACAGAAAGCGGCCGGCGAGGGUAAACAAAGCAGAAAACACCAGAUGUACGUGGGCAGGGAGAAUUGGACUCUUCCUAAACAACAAGGCGAUGCGUGAAAAACUGUAGCUGCAAGAUGGGCUAAACGGGGGGAAUUUCAGGUUUAUUUGCAGCAGCUUUCCUAUAUGAUUUGAGCUCCAGUCCUGCUUUUUUAUUUUUAAUUCCAAGAGUAUGUUUAUGUGAAGGAAAAUUAAGCUCAGUCUUUCUCCUCUGAAUUGAUCUGAGGGACUUGUCUCUCUCUUUCUGUAAAGCCAGCUCUUCACCUUCACCAGCACCCAUGUUUUAAAUGUCAGAAAUGUUUUAGCAUUACUGUAAACGGAUCACCGCUUUCCCACAAACUCGCUGCCUUUGCAUUCUGCCGAGAUAUUUAUGUACUAUCUAGUUUUGUGCUUUUUCUUUUUUUCCUUUGUGUGCAUUUGAGGAUUUCCGUGUCUUCAUUAUAAAUCAAGGUAGGGUUUUCAGAAGCUCAUCAAGUCAUGGGGGUAACUACUCGAAUUUCUUAGUUCGCUAAUCGUAUAAAAUGCUGCGUCGUCUGAAUGUUAUUACAUCUCUCUUUGUAGGGGUUCUUUCAAUUCAGUGGAACUUUAGAGUCUCUGUUUAUGCAAAUAUACAUUAUUGAAAUCAUUUAAUUUCAUAACAUAUUUCAAGAUCAAAUAUGCACAUGAUUUGAUUACAUAUAUAUACAGUAUAUAUAUAUAUAUGGAUAUUAUAAAUGUGUAAUUUGCAUUGUUAAAACUAGUUAUGUUGUUUUUUUGGCCUCUGCUUUUUCGUUGUCUAGGUUAUUUGCAGAGGUUUUCAGUAAUAUCUCAAUGUGAGACACCAUGCUUUGAACCUUCUGUUGUUUUUCAGAUAAAAUGAAGGUAGCGUUCAUCAAAUCUCCCAGCCGUGUUGCAGUGGCCCCCUUCGGUCCUUCAUAAGUGGUUUUAGCAGAAAGUGUCCUGUUUCUAGUUAUAGCGCCCUGCUGUUCUUGGAGUUGUACAUUAAAUGUGAAAAUACCUGGAUUUAUUUUUCAUGUUGAUCUUGCACCUUAGCUUUGUAAACGUUUAUUUACCACUGA